CCUAUCCCAGGAACUCUGUUAAAUAUAAACAAUUGGACGCUUGGGCAAGACUGAAUACUUCAUACGUGUGACCUUCAUGGACAAUAAGAUGCUACAGGAUCCUUGGAUGCCACUUUAUUCAAAAUCACACUUUUGUGCAUUUGCUCCUUUUCCGCGCUCUACCUGGGUCCAUCCAAAUGUGCCCCGAGACAGUUUCGAUCUUGUCUGUAAAAUUAUUUGGAGCAGAAUGACGGCGCGGCUCAGAGAAGGUGAAAGUUUACCACAGGGGUCGUCAGAUAAAGUCUGCAUCUCAAAACAGCAGCAGGACACCCGGGCAAAGGAGUGGCAGAGGGACAUCAAUGAUUUUGGUGUGAGCACACAGUAUGAAGUGGACAAGAAGCAAUGCCCCACUGACUUCACUCUUUCAUGCCCUUACCUCUCAGGCCACAUACAUCCCAAUGUUGCCAAACCUGCACGGGAAACAAGCCCUGCAGUGAAACUAGUAAUUAAACUAAAUAAUAAGGAGGCAAAAAGAAGGGAAAAGUUGGGGAAAGAUACUAAAGAUAAAGGGACGGUGAUAGAAAGUCCUGUCAAAAAGAUGUUGGCAACUCAAACCAGCAGCAGACACGAACAGAGCGCAGAGGACCAUGACUCACAUCUUCCCUCUAAAGUAACUGACGAAAUGGGUAAAAGAGAGGAUGAGCCAGAUACAAAAAGUGUCUCAGACGGAAACUCUGGUAAUAAUGAUGAAUUUGUCAAUCUACCUGAGAUGCAAACUUUCGCCAAUAAUAGUGAUGGUGUCAGCUUAGUGAGUGACACAAAUGAGGAGAGGGGAAAUAAAAUUCCACACUUGUUUGAUGAUUCAAGCUCUGACAGGAAGCAGGAUUCCCAAUCUAGCAAAGAGAAAGACUUUCCUCAAAUAUCCACCAACAGGGCUGGCAACCUCCUCUGUCCCACAGAGCCUUCAGCUUUGGGGAAAGCACAUGGGCAGUGGGAGACUCCCCUUUCGCUCCACCUACAUAAAAAUCCCACUGCCACUCUGGCAAGUGGCACGAGUGCCCCUGUGCAGGCUCCAGUGCAAAGCAAAGCACUUAAAGCAAACUCCAAAACCGACACAUCACCAGUGCAGCAGCAGGCUUAUGACCUAUUGGCUGACUUCCCGGCUCUCCAGCCCCCAGAGAAGCCUUCAGCACUGGAUGCGUUGCGUCACAGGAAUCCCAAGACCAAAGCGGCUGAGGUGAAAAGAGGUCUUUCUCACUCAACAAAUCAUUGCCAAGGCAGUGGGGUUUCCCAUGAGAAGAGAGUGGAAAAUGUGCCCCGUGAGGUCGCCUCCAUCUGUUCAGGAGAUCAGGAAUCAGUGCUGAACAUUCAAAAAUUUGGCUUGGUCAGUCAAUGCAACUCUCCUACUGUCAGCUGUGAGGAAACGAAGGCCAACGUCCAGCAGCCUCCUCGAGUUACAGGUGCAGACUGUGGGGGUGUUAAUGCCAGGUCCUGGGCUAUUGCUGCCAAGGCAGGCAGGAAGCAAGCGGCUGCCGUCCAGGAGAAAGCAAGGCCUUGUAUCUUUCAAAGGGUAGCUACCAUUACUGGAGCUAAAGCACCACAUUCUGCUGAUCAAAAGUCUGCCAACAAAGUGAAAGCUUCCCAUUAUGGAACCAGGCUAAAGGAGGCAGCUAUGUGUCAAGACCCCAAAUCCUGCAUCCUCAGUUGCUCUGCUAAACCUGAUGACCCUGAACAUCAGCUGAUGGCAGCAGGUGUAUGUGGAACUCUACAACAAAUGGUGAGGGCCAGACGAGUCCCUCCUAAAAACAACCAUGUGUGA